AUGCUGCUGCUCCACCUCCUGAUGGCCCAGCUCGCCGUUGCUGCUGCUUCACGGUCCAAUGCUUCAGUGGAGUUACCCACCCCAAAGAGAACCCCCAGCCGUUUACUGCGUAGUGCGGCGUACCGGUGCAGACACCAUGGCAACUCCCCUCGGCGACGACUUCACCACCUCACCUCCGAACCACGCCACCGGGCUCCCGUCCGGGAGGUUCGAGUGUUCAUUGCGUUCCCAUUGCCGCUCAAUUGCAAACAAACUAAGGCACGUCUUCACGCCAUCCAGCAUCCAGCAAAUCAAGGGCAAACCGCCUUGCAGUUGAUCAUGUCUCCGAAUCACGGUGACCGAUUGGACAUGGAAACACCCCCUUGGACGAUGAACCGCCGGUCCUGCUUCUCGCCGCUUCAUGGACCGCAUAUCCCUCCUACCCCUUCUCCAGUGAUGCGCGAAUAUGACGAACGGAUAUACCAAUUUGCCCACACAUUACGCAUAAUCAGUUCAUGA